GGCUGCCGGCUGCCCUUCCCGCCCUGCCUCUGGAGCUUACCAUCCUUUACAACUCCCUGCUUUUUACCAUGGGAGCAUCCGAGACUGCUGUCGAGGGAGAAGCAGAAGGAAUACGCCAGGGGCUCCUCAGGGUUCUGGAGGCCUGUGGGGCCGGUGGGCAGGAUCUUGGCAGCGAGGAGCUGUGGCGGAAGGUGCUGCAGGAGGUAACUGCGGAGGAGCUGCGGGCACCUUUGCACCGACUGGGUGCCCUGCAAGCAGCGUGGUGGCUGGCAGCCAGGCGCCUGGGAAGCACCGCUGGCCUCUUCUGGCUCCUGCGCAGCGCCGAGGACCCGGGGAGAGGUUGCUGCAAUGAGGCGGAGAACGAACUCCUCUCCCUGCUCAAGGCAUGGCAAGUACCUGCUGAGGGGGACUCCCUGCCCCUUGCCCAGAGCGCCGAGGACUUGAAAGAGAUCCUCUGCACCACAGCAGCUUUCCUGCAAGGGCUGCAGGAGCUGGAGGCUGGGAACUUCCCCACUGCCCUCUCCCUCCUUCAGGAGGCUGCAGGAGGAUUCUGCUCCAAGAGGGUCCUGGCCCAGAUCUACACCUGCCUUGGCUGCUGUGCUCAGCGAAUGGGCAAGCCUCAGACAGCCCUUCAGCACCUGAAACGGGCCCUCCGCAUAGACUUCCAGUGCCUUCCCGCCCUGUCCCAUGCGGCAGCAGUAUACCAUGAGCUGGGGGAGACCGACGCGGAGCUGCAGGCCCUGGCUCUGCUCUACGAGGCUCUGGAAAAAAACCCUCCAGCAACUGCUUUCUCUAGUCCAUACUUCCUUAUGCGAACAGAGCUCCUUGUCCACACACCCAUACUAGCUUCUCUCCUCCGCCAUCGCCACCCCUCUGAAGUGAAGUACCUGCUGGCACAGCGAUGUCUCCAGGACGGGAGGGUGGCUGAUGCAGUGGAACAUUACUUUGAUUUUCUGGCUCUGCUUCAGGAGGAGCUGCAGCAGCAGGUGCCCCUAGACAGUGGCUCAGCUCUGCCCAGGAUCCCUGAGGUGUUCCUGGAAGCAGCGUCUGCCUUGGAGCAGGCCGGGAGGCACCAGGAUGCCAUAACCAUGUGCGAGGAGGUCAUCAGCCGGACGACUGACCUGAUCCCACGGAUGUUACGAGUGGAGGAGAGGCCGGAGCAGCCAGAACGCCCAGGGGCAGGGCUGGCGGGUGGACUCCUCUCCCAGAAGAAGGAGAGUCUGUGCUGCCUUGCCUGGAGAGCAGCUGGAUACCUGCACCAGGGUUGGGCAUGGGCCAAGCUGGGCAAGAAAAGUCUCCUGCCGGAAGUGGAGGUGCUCCAGAAGAUCAGGUUGCUGUCCCUCAUCGGGCGAGGUAUGCAGUUCCUGGAGCUGGGGAAGCACAAGGAAGCCUUGUUGGAUUUCCAGCACGGUUUGCAGAUCUCGCCAGGUGACCCAGCUGCUGCUUCCUACCUGGUACAGGCCUUGUGGGAACUGAACCGAAAGCAGGAGGCGGCAGCUCGCUGGCAGAAGUUCUCCCAGAGCCCCCCUGGGGAGGAUGGGCAGCAGGAAGGGCAGGGAAGGCCCUUCCCUUUGUACCUGGUUUCAUGUGUGAAGCAGGCAACGUUCCCACACAGUGCCUCUCUUGCCAGAAGCAUACACGACUACCUUAGAACCACGAACCAGGACCCCUCAAGCUAA